UGAGGUUGUUGCGGCUGCGGCGGUUCUCACGGCGUGGUGUUGUGGUGGUGCGGCUGCGGCGGUGGUGAGGGCACUGGUGCGGCUGCGGCGCGCGGUGUUGUGCUGAGGCUGCUGGGGGUAGGUAUGCGGAUGUCAGGGUCAGAGGCAGGGACGAGGUGGUGAGAGCGAGCGAUGCCGCUGCACCGCUGGACAUUGCAGUGUUGUAGUGCCAUUGCAUUCAGGUACCGCUGUGUAACCACCACCACCACAGUCCGCAACCGCUGCACAACGAACCCCCCAUCGACUCCCAAACCGACGCCGUACACCACCAUCCCUCACAUCUCCCGCCUCCCCCCGAGCCCAGGAAAAACUCGACCCCCCCCUCUCCCGUCCCAACUCCACUCUCGGAGAUUCCGUCCCCAAAUGCUUAACAGCGGAUCGCCGCUGCAUAUCCCAUCUCACCCUGCAGCGCGCCCCAGAGCCGCAUGUACCACCACGAGGGGCCGUGCUCGGGCGACAGACGACCAUGUACAUGUACAUGUCGACGCUGCGCUCUACAUACCGGAAGCGGCUGUGGAGAACGGACGCAGGGUCAGAGAUUUCCUGGUGUUAGGCAGGCUGCCGCAGCAACUGGGUAUGCGCAGGGAGAAAAGACUGGACAGGCGCAGCGCGACAAGAAUGCCGCAGUACGAUGGCCGCAGCACGACUGCCGCACUUGCCUCAGCAGUACCCACGGCGAGCUACAGACUCGCGACUGAGGCGAUGUCUGGACAUGUACCCGCGACUCAGUAGAUGUCUGGAUAUGUACACGCGACUCAGGCGCGACACGGAGACCUAUGGUUUGCCACACAGUCCCCUGCGCAACAUCUGCACGGCACGGUCCCGCGCUGCGCGGCGGCCGGAUGCGGGUGACAGGCUGGGAGUACAAGGCGGGUGCGACGGCGGGUGCUGCGGCGUGCGGGUUUGAAGGCUUGUGCGAUGAGCGGAAGUCGCGAGGGCAGGUCAGUGUG